CGGCGUUGGGGGUGCAGCAGCUGCGCGCGGCGCGGGGGCGGGCGUGGAGGGCGGCGCCGCUGCAGUGCGGGGACCCGCUCGCUCGCUCGUUCGCCCGCCGUCCCCGCGCCCCGCGUCCCCGCGCAGCCGCCUCCUGGCCUUGGGCGCCGCGCAUCCAGGAAGGAAGCAGCCGCCCUCGCCAUGGCCUCCCCGCCCGUCUGCCCCUCGGAGGAGGAUGAGAGCCUGAAGGGCUGUGAGCUGUACGUGCAACUGCACGGGAUCCAGCAGGUCCUCAAAGACUGCAUCGUGCACCUCUGCAUCUCCAAGCCCGAGCGCCCCAUGAAGUUCCUCCGGGAGCACUUCGAGAAGCUGGAGAAGGAAGAAAACAGGCAGAUUUUGGCGCGGCAGAAGUCGAACUCACAGUCGGACUCCCAUGAUGAGGAGGUGUCGCCCACGCCCCCGAACCCCGUGGUGAAGGCCCGCCGCCGGCGAGGAGGCGUGAGCGCCGAGGUGUACACCGAGGAGGACGCCGUGUCCUAUGUCAGGAAGGUGAUUCCAAAGGAUUACAAGACCAUGACUGCGCUGGCCAAGGCCAUCUCCAAGAAUGUGCUCUUCGCUCACCUGGAUGACAACGAGAGGAGUGACAUAUUCGAUGCCAUGUUCCCUGUCACUCACAUCGCGGGGGAGACCGUUAUACAGCAAGGGAAUGAAGGAGACAACUUCUAUGUCAUUGAUCAAGGGGAAGUGGAUGUGUACGUGAAUGGAGAGUGGGUGACCAACAUCAGCGAGGGAGGCAGCUUCGGGGAGCUGGCGCUCAUCUACGGCACCCCCAGGGCCGCGACCGUGAGAGCCAAGACGGAUCUCAAGCUCUGGGGGAUCGACCGGGACAGCUACCGCCGCAUCCUCAUGGGCAGCACGCUGAGGAAACGCAAGAUGUACGAGGAGUUCCUCAGCAAGGUCUCCAUCCUAGAGUCCCUGGAGAAGUGGGAGCGUCUGACCGUGGCGGACGCGCUGGAGCCCGUCCAGUUUGAAGAUGGAGAGAAAAUCGUGGUCCAGGGAGAGCCUGGGGAUGACUUUUACAUCAUCACGGAGGGCACCGCAUCCGUGCUGCAGCGCCGGUCCCCCAGUGAGGAGUACGUGGAGGUGGGGCGCCUCGGGCCCUCUGACUACUUCGGGGAGAUCGCACUGCUGCUGAACCGGCCCCGGGCGGCCACCGUCGUGGCCCGGGGACCCCUCAAGUGUGUGAAGCUGGACCGGCCCCGCUUCGAGCGCGUGCUGGGGCCCUGCUCCGAGAUCCUCAAGAGGAACAUUCAGCGUUACAACAGCUUCAUCUCCCUCACCGUCUGAGCGCAGCCCCACCCUGCAGCCGCAUCUCCCCAUUGUGGUGGCCGUGCCGUGCUCGUCUGUGUCGGGGCCCGGGAGCCGCCGUGUGAGGUGUGGGCCGGGUGGGGCUGGGUCCUGGCAACCUGAGGACUGCCCCUUCCCCGGAGUCACGUUUUGGAAUAAAUAAUCACCUUGUGCAUUUCCAAAUCAAAGGACAAGCGGACAAAGCGCAUCCCAAGAGCAAGAAAGGGACAGGCCAGCUUCCUCCCCACACACCUCCCCAGCCGCCUCUGCGGGCUUGUCCUGGGGGGCCCAUCCCACCCCUGCCAGUCUCCUGGAGAUGCUUGAGGAUGGGUCCUGCCCAGAACUAGGCCAGGACGUUGCCCCUGGGGCCUGGAGACCCUGUGAGGUCAGGUCCCCCAGAUCGAGGUCCGAGUGGGGGCAAGAGUAUGUCAAUGGGGCUGCCCCCCAGGGGAGAUGAGGCUGAAGAAAGAAGUCGAGGCCCCUCCCGCAAAUGUGUGCCCCCGCCCUCCCCACCACAUCCCACCGCACCCCCACCUCCCCAGGGGGCCUCGCUGCGGAUGCCGGAGUGGGAGAGUCUCUGGGCUGUGAGAUUGAUCUUGCCUCUAACUGGAGAGGAAGCCAGGCACCGAGACACACGGGGCUCCUACCUUGGGAGCCAGGGCCGCGGCCGCAGGUAGACCCCAGUACGGGGGCCAGGCUCGAAGUUCCGUUGGGAGGGGCUGGUGGGACUCCAGCAGCCUGCUCUCACCUUUCUUAGAGAGUCCACCCAGGGUGAGUUGAUGUUAGGGAAAAGCAGAGGUCAAGCCACAGCCGCGGGCCCCACGCCCCCCAACCCGCCCAACCAACUUGUCCCUUAAAUGCGUCUUGGGUCCUGCGGUGAUGAUGGGAGCCAGCCAGGCCCGAAGGGGUGAGGCCAGUGCAGAGAAGCUCCCCAGGGGGCCCCUGGGUGCCCCGAAAGACAAGUGAGGCCAUGCAGUUCACCUGAUGUUGCUCCCGUCCCUUGUGUCCCGGGGAGGCUGUCCUUGGUCCGAGGUCACACGUUGCAGCCCCUCCCUCCUGGCGGUUACGAUGCGUGGGGCCCCUCCCCGCCCAGCCCCAGCCACGUCGCCGUGUCCCGCCUGUGCCUGUGGUGUCCUGUGGACCUGUGAGCCCGCCCCACCUUAUCUCUGCUCUGAGUGCUGCAUGAACCAUUAAAUGUGCAAUGAAGUACCUCUUCCCGCCUC